UGUGACGGCGCUGGCAGUCAGCGACCCACAUGUGGGUCCCGCUAUCGCUUGUGCGACCAGGGUAUUUAUUUGGGUUUGCACGCUUGUAUCUAGUUCUCCUCCUCUUUUCUUCUCCCCAUCUGAAAUCUUCUGUCAUAGAUGGAAUCUUAGCUUGGCCUUCGACCCUCCCAUACUGUGCCCUUGCAGAUUGCUCAUGUUAGUGCGCCGCUUAGGGGCGCGGGCCACCCCGAAAUCAUCUACUCGAACUGCUCCAAGGCCACCGAGGCAGCCGCCCACGCUGCGGAAGCUGUACAACUCCAACAGGCCGGCGCAUAUUAGAAACCCAAUUGUCCGGGAUGGUCUGACCCUGAGAGCCUACGGCGUUAUAGCCGUUUACCUGCGCACAACCGGUUCAUUAGACACUUACUUCAAGGAACUGAAGGACAUUCAGGAUCAGUUCGCCCAGAAGUUGCAGCCACAGUUUCGACCAUCCCUACAACUCAUCCAGAAUGGCCGCGGACUGGAGGCCGACGUGGCCGGGGCAGGAUCCAGGAGCGACGCCAAAAGACACAAGACGUCGGCGAGAGGCGACCUACAUACUACAGUAGACGGGAUGGCUGCGAACUUUAACGCCCAAAUACUCGCCAUGAGAGAGGAACUGGAUAAACUCGGUAGUGUGAGGGAAGACCUGGACAGACUUACGGAAACCAUGGGCGAUACCCUGAACCGUUUGACCGGCGUAGAGGCGGAGAACCGCGAGUUGAAGAAGCAGAACUACGAGCUGAAGGAAUAUGCCGUAUACUUCUUCAAGAAGAACCACGAUUGUGGACUAACAUUAAGGCGGCCAUUACCAAGGCACUCCACGACGAUAAGCAGUGUUGAUGCGAGCGGACCGCUCCCGAAGGAGGCGGUUCUCCUCCUCCAACGCACGGAGGCGGGCGGCGAACGUUUUUGUCGCUUCGCAGAAAACAAUGGCGAGCUUUGCGACUAUCAGGGUCCUUUCAAGGACAGAGAUGCUAUGAGAAGGCACUAUAAGGACUCUCAUCGAAUCGUCCUCGGCAUCAGCUUGGCAAUGCGAUCGACCAUUUCCCCCGCUGCGCUGAUAAAAUCAGAAGUGCGUCCAGGCCGGUAGAAAAGCGGGAAGCGUUUGGUAUCAGUGAACGGCACUGUCAUUACUGCCGGCUGCCACUGCUCAUCCAAGUCGUCGAGGUAUGCACUGAGCGUGCGCAUGUCCAAGCGUGGGGCCAGAUCCACACUGAACUUGGCGGCGUUCUUAGCGAUGUCCUUUCGUGCCUUGCGAUCCAUCUUGACACCCGAAGCGAUCUUGAGGAUGGAUCUUUCGGUAUGGAUACGGGUGGUCGCCCC